CACCAAGAAAACCAAAAGAAGGAAAAAAAAAGUCAAGAAGUAAAACAUUAAUCGGGUACGGCAUUUCCCGCGGGUGAAGGCAGACGAUUAAAUCGGCGUAGUGGGAAGUAUUUAUUAUGUUUGUCAAAAUAAUUAAGCGGCCUCUAUUCUCUCCCCGGCUAACGUCACCGAUACUCUCCCCUCUUCUACUCUCUCUCUAGCUUUCUCUCUCUAAAUUCUCUCUCCACCUCUCUCUCUCUAAAGUUUUGUGUGCUGUGAAGGGGAGUUCAUUUGUUUAUGGUGGUGGUCGGAGCAAAAUGAACUCAAACGCCUCCGCGAAUCCCUCUCCAUCGGCGCCGUCCGACGGCUCGGCGAAGAAGGUGAGAAAGCCCUACACCAUCACCAAGUCCAGAGAGAGCUGGACCGAGGAAGAGCACGACAAGUUUCUCGAAGCUCUUCAAUUGUUCGACCGCGACUGGAAAAAAAUCGAAGAUUUUGUUGGUUCUAAGACGGUUAUUCAGAUUCGGAGUCAUGCGCAGAAGUACUUUCAGAAAGUGCAAAAGAAUGGGACUCUUGCUCAUGUUCCACCUCCCAGGCCAAAGCGCAAAGCUGCACAUCCUUACCCUCAAAAAGCAUCCAAAAAUGUUUUGGUUCCAUUGCAAGCAUCUGUAGCUUAUCCUUCUUCAGUGAAUAGCAUUGUACCCGAUUAUUCUCCAUGGGAAGAUGCCUCUUUGUUGAUAAGCCCAUCAUCAAGCAAAAUGGAAUUAUCCCAGGAAGAAUUUGCUAAUCUUCAGGGAACUGAAGCUGAUGUUGCAUCAAAGGGGGCAGUGGCAAGGAAUAGUGACAGCAAUCUUAGUGGCAUUGCAAGCUCAGGUAGAACGGUACCGGGAUCAGAGUUACCAAAGUAUGGGAAACAAGCUUCUGUGCUCCAUGGUAUUCCAGAUUUUGCUGAAGUUUACAGCUUUAUCGGAAGUGUUUUCGAUCCAGACACCCAGGGCCAUGUGCAGAAACUCAAGGAGAUGGAUCCCAUUAAUUUCGAGACUGUUUUGUUGUUAAUGAGAAACCUAACCUUCAACUUGUGUAGCCCUGAUUUCGAGCCCGUUAGAAAGGUCAUGUCCUCGUACGAUGUCAAUUCAAAAAUGGCGGGGAUUGGUACCGGAACUGUUGCCAAGAGGCAGGCCAACAAUCUGCCAGUUUGAGCUGCUUAGCUCUUACAACUUGCUGACUAGUAGGUGCUUCUCUCAUCUUCCUUUCUCCCCUUUAGUCUUGUUACUGACAACAUGAUUAUGAACCCCCGAUUCACGCUACCGAGCAACAUUUAAGAUGGAAUUUGUAUUGCCACACUAGGUAGGAUCAUGGCCAAAGGUGUAAAUGGUUCUAGCACAGUGGGCAUGAAUAGAAAUAUUUUAGUAUAGAGAUGAAUGCAACCACAGCCAUGAGAAUCACUGACACAAGAUGCUUGAUGGGGAGAAAAAGACGGGGCCUUUCGGAGCUCUGCAACCAUCUCAGUGUCUGGUGGCCUCAAUGGAUGAUGGAAUGCUAUUAUUAUUCUAUCUAUUAGGCCUUCAACCAGAAAAAAGUGUGUAUAUUAUCUAUUUGCUGGUAAAUUUGAUUUCUGUCAAAGAAAAUGUCGUCUUUGUUUCUUUUUUUUUUUUUUUUUUUUUUUCCCCUUAAAAGAAAGAAAGAAAAUUUUGCAGGGUUGUGCCUCCUAUCCCGUAAAGCCGUGUAGUUACAGGAAUUUGAAUAAUAAGUUUUAUCCUUCUAAAUA